ACACGCUUAACUCCAAACACUAACCGGACACGCUUAACUCCAAACAAUAACCAGACACGCUUAACUCCGAACACUAACCGGACACGCUUAACUCCAAACACUAACCUGACACGCUUAACUCCAAAUGCUAAACCGACACGCUUAGCUCCAAACACUAACCGGACACGCUUAACUCCAAACACUAACCUGACACGCUUAACUCCAAACAAUAACCGGACACGCUUAACUCCAAACACUAACCCGACACGCUUAACUCCAAACAAUAACCAGACACGCUUAACUCCAAACACUAACCGGACACGCUUAACUCCAAACACUAACCGGACACGCUUAACUCCAAACAAUAACCAGACACGCUUAACUCCAAACACUAACCGGACACGCUUAACUCCAAACACUAACCGGACACGCUUAACUCCAAAAACUAACCCAACACUCUUAACUCCAAACACUAACCCGACACGCUUAACUCCAAACACUAACCGGACACGCUUAACUCCAAACACUAACCCGACACGCUUAACUCCAAACACUAACCCGACACGCUUAACUCCAAACAAUAACCAGACACGCUUAACUCCAAACACUAACCGGACACGCUUAACUCCAAACAAUAACCAGACACGCUUAACUCCGAACACUAACCGGACACGCUUAACUCCAAACACUAACCUGACACGCUUAACUCCAAAUGCUAAACCGACAC